GUUCCAUCUGUUCUUCUUUAUGCGCUACUCCCGAAUGCUAGAAGAGUCCUCGUUUGCAAAUAAACGGGCCGAUUACUUUUGGCUACUGUUCCAAUCGUCCGCUUUGCUCCUUCUUGUAUCCCCCCUUUUCACGCUUCCUUUCCUUUCUGCUCCAUUGGCAUUCGUUCCGAUAUACUUUUGGUCACGAAGACAUCCAUCCACACAAAUAUCUUUAUUUGGGCUUGUGACGAUAACUGCGCCAUAUCUGCCACUGGCACUGGUUGCGUUCAGUUGGAUUAUCAAUGGGACGUGGACGGCUGCUGCUGGGGAUCUUCUUGGAUGUGCUGUUGGCCAUUUAUGUUGGUUCGUUCGGGAUGUUUGGAGUAGGGAGGCAAUUGGAGGAGUCAGUUUCAUUAGCAAGGCGCCGGAGCCGUUGUGAGUCCAUUUUCUUCAGAGCCUAUAGCUUCUUGCUGAUGCGGGCGACGUGCAGACGAAGACUGUUUGGUGAUCCAUAGGUUUAUUUAGUCCGACAGACGCUUGUACAAUGUCAGAAUAUUGUCAUUAAGAGUUUCCUUGAUUUUCCUACGCUGAGAUUGCAUGCCUUUCGG